AUGCUCCGCUCCACCAAGGGCGCCUCCAAGGCGCGCCGCGACCAGAUCAACGCGCAGAUCCGCGCCCUGCGCGACCUCCUCCCGCUGCCCGACGGCGACCGGCCGCGCCUCUCCUACCUGCACGUCAUGGCCCUCGCCUGCAUCUACACCCGCAAGGGCGCCUGCCUCCGCCCAGGCCCGAGCCGGGGCGCGCCCCUGGAGCUGCUCGGGGGGCCCGAGCUCGCCGACCUGGUGGCGUCGCUGCCCGGGUUCCUGCUGGCCGUGACCCGCGAGGGGAAGCUGGUCGGGGUCACCGACAACGUGGCGCAGCACCUGGGGCACUCCAUGGUGGACCUGGUGGCACAAGGGGACAGCAUCUACGACCUGCUGGACCCCGCCGAUCACCCCCUGGUGCGGCACCAGCUCAGCCUGCCCGGGCCCCCCCAGGCAGAGCGCCUGUUCCGCUGCCGGUUCACCACGUCGCGCGCCUCGCGCCGCCCCAGCGCCGGCCGCAAGCUCGUUCUGCUCCGGGGGCGCUUCCAGGAGCCCCCCGGGACCCCCGGGACCCCCGGCAGCGCCCCCCCCGCGCUCUUCGUGGCCUUCUGCGCCCCCCUGGACCCCCCGCCCUGGCCCUGCCCCGACUGCCUCCUGCUGCCCGCGUUCCAGAGCCGGCACGCCCGCGACCUCGCCCUGCUCGACGUGUCCGACAGUGUCCUGGCGCACCUGGGCUACGGCCGGGCCGAGCUGCUCGGCCGCUCCUGGUACCGCCUGCUGCACCCCGAGGACCUGGGGCACGUGGCCCGCCAGCACCUGCGCCUCGCGGGCGCGGGGCCAGAGGCUCGGGGCGAGGUGGUCACUCGGCUGCAGCGCAAGGACGGCCUGGGCUGGACGUGGGUGUACACCCGCCUGCGGCCGGAGGGGCCGGCCCUGCUGGCCCACAACUUCGUCAUCAGCGAGGCCGAGGCCUGGUGCCUGCGCCAGCAGCUGGCGGCCGAAGCCCCCCCGGGACCCCCGGAGCCGUUCGGGCCCGGCCUCGACUUCCCCGCGAGUGACCGCGAGCUGCCCCUGGAGCUGCCCCUGCGGCCCGGCCUGGGGCUGGCGGUCAGCGCCGGGGGCACCGACGGACACGGGCUCGGACACGGCACUGACCCCGGCCUGGGCUCCGCCAUUGGACAUGGGCUCGGACACGGCGCUACGGCCACAGCUGACCCCGGACUUGGAGCCACCAUCGGACAUGGCCUUGGACAUGGCGCUGACCCUGGCCUGGGGUCCGGCAUUGGACACCGACUCGGACAUGGACACAGCACUCCGGCCACUGCUGACCCCAGCCUGGGGCCUGGCAUUGGACAUGGCCUCGGACAUGGACACUCCACUCCGGCCACCACUGACCCCGGCCUUGGGGCCACCAUCGGUCACAGCCUCGGAGCUGCCCUGGGCAGUGGCGUGGAGCCCAGCCUGGGGCCUGGCAUUGGUCACAGCCUCGGACACAGCGCUGCGGCCACUGCUGACCCCGGCCUGGGAUCCAGCAUUGGACAUGGGCUCGGACACAGCGCUGCGGCCACCACUGACCCCGGCCUGGGGCCUGGCGUUGGACACGGCCUGGCAGCCAACGCCACGGUCACUGUUGACCCUGGACUUGGGACUGGCCUUGGACACGGCCUUGGGGCCAGCACUGGACACGGCCUUGGGGCCAGCACUGCGGCCACCCCGGGGUCAGUGGCCCCAAACGUCGGCCAUGGCCUGGGCUCGGACACCGGCCUGGGCCUCGGCGUGGGAGGUGGCCUCAGAGUGGACAUCGGCCUGGAUGUGGCGGCUGGAGCUGACACUGACCUCGGGGCCGAACUGGGGCCGGCCGGAGUGACCGCUGGCGUGGCCGGAGUGACCGCUGGUGUUGCCCUGAGCAUUGGGCCCGGCCUGGCCGGCAGCGCCAUCAGGGCCAGUGUGGGGCUGGGCAUUGGUGCGGCCGCGCUGCCCCCGGACAUCGGAGUGACCGUCGGGGCCGGAGCCGCGGCCGGACUCAGCCUCGGAGCCAGCGCAGGGUCAGCUCUGCCGGCCGGAGCUGGACUGGACAAUGCUGGGCUCGGACACAAUGCUGGGCUCGGACACAAUGCUGGACAUGGACACAACACUGGCCUCGGACAGAACCCUGGACUGGACAACGCCAGCCUCGGACACAAUGCUGGAAAUGGACAGACCCCUGGACAUGGACACAAUGCCAGCUUUGGACACAACUCCAGCCUUGGACAGAACCCUGGGCUCGGACAGAACCCUGGCUUUGGACACAAUUCUGGACUCGGACAGAACACUGGACAUGGACACAAUGCCAGCUUUGGACACAACUCUGGCCUCGGAACCAAUUCUGGACUCAGCUCCGGUGUGGGCCUGGUGUCCGGAGCCUCCCUGGGCUCCGAGCUGGACAUUGGCCUGGGCAUGGACAUCGACCCCUGCUCGGACACCGGGCUGGGCCUGGGCUCCAUCCCCUGCUCGGACCCCGGCCCCGGGCUGGGCCUGGGCCCCAUUUCCUGCUCGGACACCGGCCCCGGCCUGGGCCCCGUCCCCUGCUCGGACACCGGGCCUGGGCUGGGCCUGGGCCCCGUUCCGUGCUCAGACACCGGCCUUGUUCCCUGCUCGGAGCCCGGCCUUGCUCCCUGCCCGGGCCCCGGCCUGGGCUCAGCGCUCGCUUUCGCCGUGGGCGCCGCGCUCGGCUCCGGCCUGGCCCAGCCGGGCCUCGCUGCCGACCCCGACCUCACGCUGGGCCUGGCCGCCCCCCUGGCGCCCCCCGCCCCGCCGGGGCUGCUCCGCCUGGGGCUGGGCGUGCCCGAGCCCCCCGGCCCGGCCGGCGCCGAGACCUGGACGCCGCCGUACACGCCGCGCCAGGCGCCGCCGUUCCCCUUCGGGCCCCCCGAGCCCCCCGAGGAGAAGCUGCCGCCGAGCCCCGAGAGCCCCGGCGGGGCCGGGCCGGGCGCGGGGGGCCCGGGGGGCGCGCUGCUGACCCCCGAGACGUCGCCGCCGCCGGUGCCCCCGGUGCCCCCAAUGCCAGCGAUGCCCGCGGUGCCCGUGGCC